UAAACUGCCGGAAAUUCAAUGGAAGAAGGAGAAGGAUGUGACGUUAGCAGUCAGGUAGACGUCUGUGUUUUUUGGAUGCGCGUUCAAUAAAUUAACCGUACAGUCAGUAAUGCUUGUGUUACCUUUUCAUUAUGUCGUUUGUUGGCGCUGUAACACGCCUGUUUAUUAAUCUAGUUUGACUGAACGUACGCAGCUCUCUGUUAAAACACAGUUAGCAUUAGCAUGCUAACAGCCGUGUGACUGGAGCGGCUGUUUUAAACGAGCUUUGCUGAUUCUGAUUCUUCUCGUUGAUGUUUCAGCUGUUUACACGGUCACCUGUAAUUUUCUGAAAUGUAUUACUGGAUCUGGUGUUCGCCUGUUUCCUUGUGCUUUAAAGUUUAGCCUCGUAAACAUCUUUGUUUUUUUGUAUGUGGUCUUUCAACACUGUCAAUAAAACCGUAAACUUAAACUGGCUGUAAGUUCUAAUAAUAAACCCUGUAAUCAUCCUGUAACUGCAAGUCAGUCCUGUGAAUGAAACUACAGUCAUUAAUUCAACAUAUGGGUACAGACUGUCACACCUGUCUGUUACACACCUAUGAGACUGAUCAGACAGGUCACUGUGAAACACCUCCUCAAUGUGUCUGAAUGCUGUCCUGUGUUUUCAACCUCAGAUCACAACAAAGACAAAGUGACAGUAAACACCAGGACUCACCUGACUGGUCGAUCUGUGGGUCCUCUGAGUCAACCUACAUCUAAACUGGUGAGCAGCCUGUGACACUAAACAUUAAUUUUCAAUGUGUGAAGUCCUGAUUUUGGACCAAUGUACAACAAUAACCCAGAUCUGUUAGUCUUCCAGAUCCAAGUAAACCAUGUUUGCAGCAUCAGUCUAACAGGCUGUACCCUCAUAGCAUUAUGAGUAUUUUGAGCAUAUCGGGGAAGUAAAAUCAGUUUCAUCACCUCACACCCCAAGAGAAUUUGAGAAGAAGAUAAUCUUUAUAACCCAAAGACUCAAGGGACCACAGUGAUUUUGAGUAGAUAUCUUGUAGCAUCUUAACCCUCAGGUUAGAUCAUGUUCAACUCCAUGCUGGAUCCUGGUGAGGCUGUCGAAAACUUGCCCUUACACCCUCUUACUACAUGUUUCACCUGCUGUAUAUAAAUAUUUAUAUGGAGGGCUGUCAGUUAAGGUUCUGUUUUGUUGCCUGCACAGACAUCAACUGCUUUCAAGACAAAGUUAAAAUAUGAAAGCUUGGAAAAGUCUUGCAAACUCCAGGUUUUUAAGACUAUGAAGUGUUCAUUUUUAAGGUAAUCAAUUUUUACAAAAAAUACUAGAUGCUUAAUAUCCGAUUAGAAAACAGCAUAUGUACAAAAAAGUAUGCCACCAAAAAAAAAAAGGGAAAAUGUGAAAAAAUUGUGGUUCAUGGAUCAUGGAAGCCAUGGUUCCAUAAAGUCCCUUAGCCUGCCCUUAAGCUUGCAGUCAUCCCUGAUACCUCUACCUUGAUGAAGAGUUUGCUAUUCAGCUGUAGUGGUGAAUUCAAACAAAUUUGACCCCAUGUGGGAGAGGGAGAAAAUCUAAAAGGUCCAAGAAAGUAUAACACCUGAGCUGCUCUUGCUCACACAGUGUCUCAGCGGUUUGUCCUACAGGGGGUGCUGUGAUACAGUGACAGAUUGAUACCCUGGAGAGAGUCAGAUAUGUUUAAGCAGAGGUGUUGAAGUCAACAGUGUAACUCUGUUAAGACUGCACAGUACAGCAGCAAUCUUUGACCUCCAUUACUUAUAUUGUGAUCAAGUCAUUGAUCUGAGAACAUUAUUGAUGGAUGAUCAUCGUCCUCAGGUUGUCUUGUAAUCAGAAAAAUCAAAAUUACACAUUCUUUUUAGAAGUAACGGACAGAGUGACCACCAGCUUGUUAUCAGCACACAGUUCAGGGGCCAGUAUCCCUGCUGGUUUGGAGAUUCGUAAGUACGCCUGACAUGAGUAGUUUACACAUUUAGGAAUGCACCAUUAAUGGCGAACAGGUUUUAAUGUAACAGAUGCCGCCACCCAGACUAUGAUUUUGCACAUAUGACAACAUCAGGCUCUGUCGUAGAAGAGUUUGGGUGCCACACUGGCCUGUCUGCAAUCCUGACUGACAAAUAUUUGGAGCAUCAUCACCCCAAAAAAAAGAGUGGGCCAACAUUUCACUUUCAGAACUCCAAAAACUAGUCUCCUGGGUCCACAAAUGUUUAUGGAGUGUUGUUAAAAUAGGAGGUGAAUGGUGAAUAUCCUCCCUGUCACAACUUUUGCACUUGUAUUGUCUGGCAUCAAAGUAAAUUAAUUAUACUUUCGUAAAAUAAAAAAAAUUCAGUCUCAGCAUUUGAUCUUUUUUUUUUGAAAUGCUGUUAAAGAUGUGAAAAUAGAAACUCUGUUCUUCAGUAACAUAUAACAAGGUAAUCUUAGCUCUCUUUUGAAUUGAGGUUUGUAGAGGCUAAAACAACCUUAACCCGUCUGUCACUAAACGUUAGAUCAGUGAUUGUCAAGUCCAGUCCUCGAGGCCCACUGUCCUGCAUGUUUUGGAUGCUUCCCUGCUCCAACACACCUGAUUCAAAUGAUCAGCUCGUUAUCAAGCCAUUACAGAGCUUGAUAACGAGCUGAUCAUUUGAAUCAGGUGUGUGGGAGCAGGGAAUCAUCCAAAACAUGCAGGACAGUGGGCCUCGAGGACUAGACUUGAAAACCACUGUUUUAGAUAAUGCGUCAAAUAUGAAAGAUAACAAAUACAGUGCUUAGAUUAAAGUGAGAUAAUGGUGGUAAAACAUUUAGUUUUAUAAUCUGUUUCUAUGUUUCAUCUUUAACCUGACUGUUAUUAAGCUGUUUAAACACACAUCAUAUGUCCCUGAGUGUUCUGUAAGUGCUGACUUCAUCUUUUUCAUCCUCAUCUUCCUCAGUCUGCUGACUCCCAGUGCACAGAUGAGUGAUCAGAAAAACGGCAGCAGUGGUCUCAGAGAUGAUGAAGAUGAGCUGUCAGCCAGUGAUGACUCUGAGCCAGAGGAGAGGCCGAGCACGUUGAUCUUUGACCCUGAGCUGGACAACAGUGAUGAAGAUGACGAAGAGGAGCCCUGUGCUCCAGCUGUUCAGGGCCAGUUCAGUCUGAAAGGGGGGGGCUCAGACUUUUCUCACCGCACACACAAUAUCUUUGACUGUUUGGACAAAGUAGCCACUCCCACCUCCUACUCUUCCUCCUCCUCUUCUACUUCUACAUUUGUCUCUUCCUCGUCCUCCUCUUCCUCUACGAAUCAGCAGAAAGAUGGAGUGUUUACCCGGCCUCUGGCUCCACCUCCAAGCAGGAAGACUAGCCAGCCUCCACCCAACCCUCCCAUCGCUGCUAAGAAACGAUGGACCCCCGACUACCUGCUGCACCCAGAGCGCUGGACACACUACAGCCUGGAGGAUGUCAGUGAGACCAGUGACCAUGGCAACACCGCAGCAGCUCUCAGCUUCCUGUCAGAUCUGCAGGAGAGGAAGGAGGAGCAGAUGAGGGGAGAGGAAAAGGAAAAGAAGCAGGAGGACAAGAAGAAGGAGAAGGAGCAGAGCCACACUGACUCCUCCUCCUGUGAGCCCCAGCACAGAAUGGUCUUCUGUAGACCAAACAUGCCGAAGAAAGAACAACCUGCUGAGAAGAGCAGAGAGAAGGAGACACACCUCAGUCACCUGCAGGAGGAAGAGGAGGAGGGGGAGGGGAAAGAAGGGAAGAAACACAGGGAGGGUGAAGCAGACAAGGAGACAAGCAAGGGUGAAGAGGAGGCCCCCCCAGUGUUCACCUCCUUCAAGAGGAUGAGGAGUAAGAACUACAGGAAGAGCUCUGAGGGUGAAGAGCACUAAAUAGGACUUUUACUCAGACAUAAUUAAACCCUAAAUUCUGAUUGGUCAACUUCAUUGCUUCCUCUGAUUCACCUGCUGCUCUGACGACUUUAGUGUGCGAUUAAGGAGUCCUGUCCUACCUGUAGCCACACCCACCAGUGAUGUCAGAGUAUCUGAGGGUUAACGCAAAUGUCAGAGGGAAGAGCUGUAAACAGUGACGUUAGUGUUCACAGGUGAUCACGGAGUGUGUAAUGGUUUUGUGUUGUAGUCUUAAUGACUGAUGAAGACCUGAUGGGUUCAUCAAUAUCAAUAAUAAAGGUGAUGUUUUUUUAUUUGAUAAUGCAAGAAAACAUCUGAUCAUUCUUUUGAUCAUUUUUAAUGAUGUCCUGAAAAAAAAAAACGAAAAUGUGACAUUUCUUCAUUAAAGGAUUGUUUGUAAGUAUGUUUUUUGAUUUUGUAUUUU